AUGUUUGGAAUAUUUACAGUCGGUUUAUUUUUUCUAAAAGUAAUUGCAACCACUUCAAUGCAGGGAGAAAUAGGUAUAGAUUACUGCUUCCCAUACAACCCAUACCAAAUCAAUGGAACACGGGCACCAAAUACCACAGUCUGUCCUGAUAGUUGCUCUUGUCGUUACUGUCGUAAAAGCUAUGGACACUCAUUGUUAUUCCGACACAGAGUUGACUGCGAUAAGAAAUCAAAUAAUCACAUUCCUACAGCAUCAAUCCCGGUGGAUGUAAUGGUAUUAUCUAUGAUCCAAAAUCACAUUGCCAAAAUGAGCAAUAAAAGCUUGGCGCCCUUCACUCAACUAGAACAAUUGUUCUUGGAUUACAAUAUUUUACAAUCACCUAUUAUAGAUGAUCAUGUCUUUGAUGCCCAAGUCAACUUGAAGAUCUUGCAUAUGGACUACAAUCGUGGAUUGGUUAACAUUCCUAAGGCUUGGUUUAGUAAUUUGGUAUCCUUAGAAUAUAUAUAUAUUAGGCAUUCGGUUGUAAAGACUCUCGAAAAAGGCUUGUUUGAAAAUUGUACUCAACUUAAAUCUGUCUAUCUUUCCGGAAAUCAAAUAACCAAACUACCUGUCGAUCUAUUCCAUAACCUUCCAUCUCUAACUAAUAUUGACGUCAAAUCGAAUGACAUUGGUCAACUUCACUCUGAAUUAUUUCUUGAUUCACCGAAUAUUAUGCGUUUUUUUGUACAAAACAACACGUUAACAACAAUAAGUGAAAAUGUUGGUCUUCAGAACUUGAUUAAUUUAACUAUGCUUGGAGUUGUGUUCAAUCCUUUUGUUUGCGAUUGUGACCUGGUGUGGUUCCGUAACUGGAUUAACCAAACCAAUGCAACACUCGUUGAACUCGAGCACGCUAAGUGUAAAAAACAAAAUAUUGGUCUAGUUAGCUUUGAUGCGAACUCUCUAAGAUGCUAUAGUAUUACGAUAAUUGUUGUGAUUUGUACCUGUAGUUCAGUUACGUUCCUAGUUGUUGUUUCUAUACUCUUAUACACGUUCCGGUGGGAUAUUAGAUACUGGAAUCAGCGGCGGCUGCUCAGAAUACAGUACAAAAGGUUAGAAGACGAGGGUCCGCCACCAAUUGACGGCGUACAGAUUCGAUAUGACGCGUUUAUCUCCUACAAUAGCAAAGACGUUGAUUGGGUACUGAAGUCAGUCCUACCGACACUAGAAGGUCCCGAGUUCAACUUCCGUCUCUGCGUUGACUUCCGAGAUUUUGUAGUCGGUGAAGCAAUCGCUGACAAUAUUUCUAAUGCUAUUAAAUAUAGUCGUAAAAUGCUAAUAGUUGUCACCAAGAACUUUGUUAAAAGUGAAUGGUGUUAUUUUGAAAUGGAAAUGGCAAGGACCCGUAUGUUUGAAAAUCACGAGGACAUUUUUGUGGUUGUAAUUUUAGAGCAUGUGGCGAGUAGAAAGAUACCAACAUUACUUCAGAAGAUCUUGAGAAAGAAGACUUACAUCGAAUGGACGGAUAAUCCAGAUGGCCAGAAGGUUUUCUGGACACGAUUGGCAGCAGCUUUGAAUACUCCGAAUGUUCACCGCGAUCGUCUUAUAACCUAAAAGUUCUAUUUUAGAAACCAAACGUUCAUGUAAAUGAUAAUAGCGAAGAAAUAAAUGAAAGUCACGCGCCUACUUUUUGCAAAAAUUUAGUUUUAUCUUCAGCAAAAGCUCAAGGAAUUGAUUCUUGUCCAUAUUUCUGAGCUCAUCGCAGUUAAUACUCCACAUAAACAUCCCCUCUAAUAUCAAUAUAAGCUUGAUCAAACCCAAACAUUUGAUAUUCUUCAUUUGUUAUGA